AUCAUAUGAAAUUUGACCUCUGAGAAAUCGACAGGUUGAUUAAGAAAAAAAGUUAAAAGUGACCGGGCGGGGUACAAAGAUUUGAGCAAUUUAGAUGGAUCGUUGGCUACGACGUCGUUGAACGAUUUUGAAAGCGAACACCAUGUUUUGAUGUAGUGAUGAGGAGUCUAAAUUCCCCGUUCGAUAGAUGCUCGCCACAGAACAUGCAAUGCACACACUGCUGCCCAACUAGACAUCGCGUCACUUCAUCACAUAGAACGCAAUUGGAAAAGCAACAAAAAGGAAAAAACCAAGACAAGGUGAAGGGUAGCUAAGUUACGUACGUUUUGGCUUUGGCUUGGGUGCGUCAAUUAUUACAAAAAGCUUGAGAGGGCAUGCAGUUGUCUGCAACUUCGGCGACAAAAUUUUACUGCAAAAGCAUCAGGCACAACACAUAAUACGGCAGCGCAAUUCAUCCCCCGCUACAAGAAAGAAUAUGUUCCUCCUCCCGGGAAGAGAGUACUGCUGGACGAAGAGGUUCCAAACAAGCCAAGAGAAUCAUCCACCUCAAAACUCUACGUUGCUAUGGUUAUUGUUAUUAUAAUUAUUACUAGUGGUUAUGCCGCACCUUGUCGUGGAGCGGAGAUGACCUACAGACAUGUAUUAUGUGGCCCGUUAUGGUGUUUUGUUAGUAUUAUUGGCCUAAAAUUAUUUUUUUUGUUUGCACCAUUGGCGGAUUCAGGGUGUGGCCACCCCGGGCCACGGCCCAGUCCUCCUCUGGAUCCGGAGCUAAUAUAGUACUUAUGAGUUUGUCGAUUUUAGUCAUUUGGCCAAGUGUUAUUUUAUAAUAAGAGUGUGUGUAAUUGAGAAAAUGGGUUAGAUGAACAUAAUCAAAUCACAACUCUAAAUUUAGCCUAGAAAUUCUAGCUUCAAUGAUUCUCUUCUAAAGAAAAACAAACAAUGUAACCUAAAAUUCUAAGCGCCUAAAACGGACUAAAAGAACCGAGGUUUGCUCUCUUGAAAAAUUACUAGAGUAGCUGGUGGAAAUAUGGAUGAACACACAAUACAAAUUGAUUAGUCGAUUGAUUUGUCUAGUAUUGGCAUUGCUUGUUUCAACAGCUACUAUGGAGAAAACAUUUUCAACAAUGGAACAGGUGAAAUAUGAUUUGUGUAACAAAAUGAGCGAUGAAUUUAUCGCUGAUUGGUAAACUAUUUUACUUGAGGGACAUUAGUAUGCUAUUGGUAUGAAUGUACACUACAUUAUUGAUGACUUCGCUAUAUUAAAAGGUCGAUGUAUACAAUUGAUAUUGUUAAAAAAAAUUAUAAUUUUUUACAGUGUGUAAUUUUCUAAUGAAAUGAGGUCAGUGCACUACUAUGUCCUGGAUCCGCCGCUGGUUAGUAGUUUUGUUAGUAAUAUUGACUGAGAAGAGAUAUAUGGCGGUCAACAUCGAAUUUAAAUUUUUUUUUUUUUGAAAGUUUUGGCUAAUAAAUGAUAUUUACCUAAACUCUAGUAGACCCAUUGAUUAUGGGUAGGGUAUGAGUGAUGCAUAUAUGAAUUUGGAAGUUUGUAGAUGAGUGUGGGUAGGAUAUGGAUAUUUACUUCCAUGAUCUAAAUGUGUAUGAGUUGAGUAUGGAUACCCACUUAUUCGAGGGUGUUUUAAUUAUACAUACAAAAAUUAGACCUAUUUGUAGAACUUCACAAGUUUAGGUACCAAAAUGUAAUACACACAAAUUUUAGGUACUAAAAUAUCAAGUUCCAUCAAUAUUUGAAGACUUAUAUGCAAAAAAAAAAAUUAGUUUAUAAAUCUAAAAAUCUAUUAAGUUUAGGUACCGAACUAUAAUUUGCAUAGUUGAGGCUUAAUUACUUUUAUGGUGAUGUAUUUGAGAUGAUAAUUAUUUACCUUUUUAUAGAAAAAUGGAAAUUUUUUAUUUGAUAUGUGUAGAUACCUUGCCAAACAUUCCAUGUAUAAUUGUUUAAAAUUCUAGUCCGGGUGAAAAAGAAUAACUCUACAGAAAAGUAAAAGGAAGGGAGAAUCUCACUACCAAUUCUUCUUCACCAUUUUAAUAGAAGCUCUAGGAGGAGCAGAAGUGGUAGUGCAAUUACUGGAAAAAUUAGCUUCAAUGGAGAAUCCCGAAGUAAAGUUUGAGAUUAGCUUUGAAGAGGAAGAUAUGAUUAAUGAAAAGCAAAAUACUAUCAAGAAAACCCUUUAGGGUUAUGGAUAUUUCAUCCUAGUGCAUGAAACGAAGAAAGAUACAGGGAAUUGCAUCACCAAAUGUCUUUUGGAUGACCAUCAAAUAGAGAAGUGUUUAAUUGAUCUUGGUGCAAGUAACAACAUCCUAGAUGUGCAUAUCUAUGAGGAAAUAGGAUUGACCAACAUGAAGGACGUCAACAUCAAGAUCAUACUUUCCAUUAACACAUCAUGUUCAAAGGCCUAAGUACCGAAGUUGGUUUAUUUAUAUUCAUAUUAUGUUGUGAUUGAUAUGAAGAUUGAUGAAGCAUAUUCAAUCCUUUUUGCGAUAUCAUUCCUUGCAAAUGAAAGGGCAAAGAUCGAUGUAGCAAAGGGAGAUAUUAUCCUAUAUGUAGGGCAUAUUAUGCAUCGAGUGAUGAACACCAUUGACGAAGUACUUGGUGAUGAUGAUUUUGAUGAAAAUGAAAAGAUAGAGCCAGAGAAUGAGAUCAAUAUCAAAUUAAGAUCUCUAAUUGAGGAUUCCUCAAAUGCAAUCUAUCAUCAUCAUGAUAUCAUCAAAUGGCACUUCACAUACUGGCAUGGUCAAUACAAAGCCGAAGACGAUGUUAGAAAAGAAUUUAGGAACUGCAUUGCGAAACAUUGGUGACUCGUUCUAACUACAACAUCUCGAUUGACGGCCAAGCAUAACCGCCGACCGGGUGUAGUAUAGGGCAAGCAAGCAAUAAUGAUUUAUCGUACCACGGGAUCUUGGCUUACCCUACUUCAUGUUUAGGGUUCGUUAUCUAACCAACCUAGAGUAGUGAUUAGGAAGGGGAAAAAAAACUAAUCUAGCUAACCACUAACCUAGCUAUUUACAAGAAACAGAUGAUACAGUCAUAGAUUUACAUCAAGCAUCGAUGAUAAAGAAAAAAGUUAUGAAAAUCCCCAAAUUGUCUUAAUCGCCGUCGAUUAUGCUCCUAAGUCAACAUCAAGUUGACCCCCGUGAACCGUCUGGUCAACCGUUAUCUAUAACGGUUAACGAAAUCGUUAGAACAUAAAUGACACACAACUAUUAUACGUUGGGACAUAAAUGGAAUAUUGAAUAGUUCGGAACACAAAUGACACUUUCUUGAUAGUUCAGAUUUCCUAGUGGUAUCAGCCUUAAAGAUAAUAAACACAAUAUGCAUCUUAUUAAUCAUAGAAAUAGAUGGAUGAGCCAUCAUAGAAUUCACCUUCGUAAUCAGAUUGACUAGCACGCCAUAGAGAAGUCGAACAACAUCACCAUAGAUACAUGCAUCGAUGGUGGAUGCUUUUCCUUUCAAUUUUAGUAGCAAUUCUCCUCCUCUCUAUUGAUUGCUACUCAUGCCCCUAAGGCAGAGUGGUGGUAACGGUGUGUACAAAAGCUAUAGCCUCGCCUUCUAUUUAUACAGUUACAGAAGGGUGUUUUCUAGUCCUUUUCCUACAAUAUUCGGUCAAAUCCUUCCUUAUCCGAUUUGAAGUGGAAUUCCUUCAACUUGUGGACGAAGUAACUUGUUGAUGAAUUCUUCUAGAAGCUAGGGCACAAGAGGCAGCCCUAUGGCGCUUGGAACCGCCGAUGGAUUUUCUUCUCCAAAUCGGUCCUUUUUUUGUGGGCGACUUCCUCUCGGGCUCGUGGUCGUGCUUCUAAAAUUUCAGCUCAUUUGGACUUUAUUUGACCUGUCUACUCUUCAAAAUACUCUCAUCUGGUCCAUAACUUUAGCUUUCGGUGUCAGAAUCCAUCUUCGUUUUAGCCAAUGAGCUUGUAUACCCGAUAUCUUUCUAAUUUAUUUGGUCUCUUGGUUAUGCAUAUUCGUCUUAAGUGUACUAUAUCUUUGUAAAGCACAAAACAACGUCAAAAGACGUAAAAUAAUACAAAAACACACUCAAAGUCUAUCUUAAUCUUAUUAUACUAGCAGUUAUGAUUUUCAUAUAAAGUAUAGUCAAACCCACCAAGUACGCAUUGAUAGAAGGGGAAAAAAGAAAGUGAUAAACACUAUAAAUAGAGUGUCAUCACUUUA